ACUUUAUCUUAAAAAAGAAGAGUAUUGUGACUGGUAAUUUUUUUUAAGGUUAGAAUAGCGUUGGGAACUUUGUGAAGGUUAGAUUUCAUUUAAAAUUUUUGUUAAAACAAUAAAUUUUCAAAUUUAUAAAUUUUAUAUGGCAGAGAAAGCAGGUGACUGGUGUUUAAUUGAAAGCGACCCUGGCGUUUUUUCCGAACUAAUCCGAGAGUUUGGCUGUAAAGGUGUACAAGUUGAAGAAUUAUGGAGUUUAGACGGCCAAUUAUUUGAAAAUUUAAAACCCAUACAUGGACUAAUAUUUUUAUUUAAAUGGACAAAAGAUACUUCAGAACCAAGUGGAUCUAUUGUGCAAGAUAGUAGACUUGAAAAAAUAUUUUUUGCCCGUCAAGUUAUAGAGAAUGCCUGUGCAACUCAAGCUAUUUUAAGCGUUCUUUUAAAUUGUCGACAUUCAGAUUUAAAAUUAGGAGCUACACUUACAGAUCUAAAAGAAUUCUGCCAAGGUUUUGAUGCAAAUACGAAAGGAUUAGCCAUUAGUAACUCACAAGUUAUCAGUUCAGUGCACAAUUCUUUUGCGAGGCAACAAAUUUUUGAAUUCGAUCCAUCUGUGGCAAGAAAGGAAGAAGAUGCAUUUCACUUUAUAAGCUAUAUACCUAUAGAUGGGAGACUGUACGAACUAGAUGGUUUGAAACAGGGCCCAAUUGAUUUAGGACCAAUUUCUCCAGAUAGUGAGUGGACUGAUGUAGUUAGACCUAUUAUUGAAAAGAGAAUACAAAGGUAUAGUGAGGGUGAAAUUCAUUUUAAUCUCAUGGCUAUAGUAAGCGAUAGGAAAAUGCUUUAUGAACGAAGAUUAGAGGAUAUCCAAAAACAAAUAGAUAAUGGGGCGGCAGAUGAUUCAUUGCAGGAUGAAGUUGCAAAUUUAAAAUUGCUUAUAGAGGAAGAAGAAAGUAAAAGGCGCUUGUAUAAAAUUGAAAACAUUCGACGUAAACAUAAUUAUUUGCCCUUAAUAGUUGAAAUUUUGAAACUCUUAGCUAAAGAUGGAAAAUUAACUCCCCUUUAUGAACAAGCAAAAGAAAAAGCAUUAAAAAAACAAAAAGUUAAAUCUUCUAGUUAAUAUAUGUAAUUACUUUUGUAACUAUGACUUAAAUAUUUUUAAGAAAAAAUUUGUAAUACAGUACUGGAAUUAAUAAUUAUUAAUUCAACAAAAAAUA